AUGUAUAUAGUUGAAGUUUGGCAAAGGGUUGGCGGCUCUACCAACCAAUGCCUUUUGCUAAAAGUCACUUCUGAGUUCGCAAAUUCCAACUAUAGUAUAUAGAAAUAUGGAGGGUAGAGACAAGGAGUACCAUCUCAUAUGGGAGCUCAGCUUAAAAACUGUCCGCUUGUAGACGGUAAAUUAUAUUUCAAAAUUUAACCACAGUGGCGCUCCAAUCGGACGAGAUAUCAUAUGAUCGUUCAGUUCAGUCUUCCGUCCGUCUUAUUUGAAUAUGCAAUGUUAAAAAAUUUUAAAUGACUAGAGUCGUCGCUUUAUUUAAAAUUUACUCUCAUGCUAUGUAGCGUCUCUGUAACAUAAAGGAUUUGAUGGAUACUUUCUGUAGCACAGAGAUGGUUCUCUUUACUUCACUUUCACAUUAUUAACUUCGAAAACACUUUCUAAAAACUUUAUACUUUACUACCAACAUAAAUUCCCAAAGAUUUUUCAUGUUACUACUGAUCAGAAACGUUAGCUAAUAUUUAAAGAGUUCAUUCCAUAAUUUUAUCAAGAUUUAUUCAAAGUAUUUAUUUUCAAUAAAUUUUACACGAUGUAAAUUCACACUUACAAUUGUAUAAAGAAAUUUGUUUUUAUUUCUUGUAUAAAAUUCGUGAUUUCAUGGUACAUUCGUGAGAAUCUUUGGCUUAGACCUAUGGUCUUCUAUAAACUUCUAAGUAUCGAUGGCUUCAAAAUGGUGGCUUGCGUAACUACACACUGAGACUAUAUUACAAAAAUAGAAGAAGAAUAUAUGCUCACGUUCAGUACGUACUAUAAUUUUUGUUGUUAUAACUUGAAUUCAAUUCGUAAUGUAAUACAAUCUAGACAGAAUAGAUAUGGAACAGACAGUUAUCAAGGACGAAAUCGAGAUUCACGAUGAUUUUAUUUGCAAUACGAAAGUCAAACAAGAAUUUAAUGAUGAAAUGUCUAGUACCGCAUAUCAAAAUGUAAAUACAAGUAGUAUGCAUCAUAUUAAAGAAGAAAUAAGUGACGACUUAGAAACAGUUCGAGAAUUUGAAAAAUCUAUGGUCACCAUAAAAAAAGAGGAAAGCUGUAAUACUUUUGAUAAACUCAACACUCAAAACAAAAUGGAAUAUAUGAGUAUAGAAACUAUAAAGCCAACUAAAUCACAAGACAGAAUGGAUAUGGAGCAGACAGUGAUUAAGGACGAAAUCGAGAUUCACGAUGAUUUUAUUUGCAAUACAAAAGUCAAACAAGAAUUUAAUGAUGAAAUGCCCAGUGCCCCAUAUCAAAAUGUAAAUACAACUAGUAUGCAUCAUAUUAAAGAAGAAAUAAGUGACGACCUAGAAACAGUUCGAGAAUUUGAGGAAUCUAUGGUCACCAUAAAAAAAGAGGAAAGCUGUAAUACAUUUGAUAAACUCAACAUUAAAAACAACUUUGAAUAUAUGAGAAUAAAAACUGGAAAGUCAACUAAAACACAAGUAAAAAUGGUUCGUCCACGAAGAGGAACGGGAAAAUCAGAAGAAACCGGACCACCAAGUGUAGUUCCUGAGCCAAUUCCAUCAACAAGCACUGCUCCAGAACCAACUACAGCUUCUGCUCCUCACGAUGAAAUUAGCUCGAAACGGAGGAAACAAGAGAUUGUAUAUUCUUCGAGUACAAUUGUAUACACGAGGGAAGAGCUGAUGAGAAUGUUGGCUGAAGAAGACGAAGAAGACUUCAACGAAAUGGACGAGAGUUUGGAAGAGUUGGACCGGGAAAAUUUAUUUGUGGAGCCUCUGGAUGAGGUUGAAUAUGAUGGAGAGGACAUGGAAUUUUCCGUUCCAGUUCAUGAACUUAUUGAAAAAGAAUCUGCACAGAUAGAUAAUUCUAAUCGUUUACCCAAUCCUCCUAUUGCAAGACAAUGGUCGAGAGAAAGGCCAGACGUCGACCCUAUUCCCUUUACCCUAAACCCCGGGGUCGCACAAGAUAUAAGCGGUUUAUCAACCCCCCGAGAUUUUUUAAAUUUAAUAUUAACGGAAGAAAUGAUGAAUCACAUAAUCGUACAGACAAAUUUGUAUGCCUUAUUUUUAAGUGCCACCUCAACUGCUCCUAGGGCCCUAAUAAAGACAUGGAAAGAUUUGGAGCGCGAUGAAUUUUUAUAUUUUUUAGGGCUUCUCUUCCAUAUGGGGACGGUUUCUCUCAAUAGACUGUCGGAUUAUUGGAACACCGAUCCAAUUUUGUUUGGGCUAACCUCCUUUCGUAGGGUGAUGAGCAGGGAUCGGUUUAUCGGGAUAUUACAAUGCCUGCAUUUCGCAAAAAAUCCUGAGCCCAAUGAACCAACUCCCGCUGACGGAUUGUAUAAAAUACGGCCUCUGAUAGACAUUUUUCGUAGAACCAUGGACGCUUUGAUAAUUCCAACGAAAAAUCUUUUCAUCGAUGAGUCCACGGUUCUAUGGAGAGGUCGGUCUGUUUUCCGGCAAUAUUUGAGAAAUAAGGCCCAUCCAUAUGGGAUAAAAAUGUAUAUGCUGAACGAAGCGUCUGGUCUUGUGCUAAGAUUUAUCGUUUACACAGGUGCUUCCGAUCAAGAAAUUGGUGGAAAAGGGCAUGCUGAUCUUGUUGUUCGUAAAUUGAUGGACGGAAAACUCGAUGUUGGCCAUUCUCUAUUUAUGGACGACUUUUACAACAGCGUGAACCUUGUCCACGAGCUUCUCGAGCGGAAGACUUAUGUGACAGGAACUCUUAGGAGUAAUCGUAAAGGUAAUCCUCCUCAAGUAAUUUUAGCGAAGACCAGAAGGGGCGAGGUCGUUGACUAUUACAGCGGAGAAGGAGUAGGUGUCCUCAAUUGGCGACACAAAAGGGUAGUGCUGAUGAUCAGUUCAGAAUUUUCUGGAAAAAUGAACGAUGUAACCACCCGUCGAGGAAUUGUUAUCCGGCAACCUGAAAUGGUUUCAAAAUAUAACGAAUCGAUGGGCGGCGUUGAUCAUUUAGAUCAAAUGAUGAGUUAUUACCCAAUAGAACGGAAAACGCUCAAAUGGUCGAAAAAAAUCGGGAUUCACAUACUCCAUCUUUGCAUGUACAACGCCUUCAUCCUGUACAAUAAAUGCCAUCCAAAAAUGGACUUAUACGAUUUUAGAAAUUCGGUAGUUAAAUCAUUGUUGCCACCGGUGACAGUUUCACCGACGACGAGCCUACCUCUAAAGCGGGGUAGUAAGGGGCUUUCUCCACAUUUUCCCUCAUUUUUUGGGGUUUCCGAUAAAUCAAAUAAAAAAAUCAGAAAAAGGUGUGUAUUUUGCGCAAAAAAUAAAAAACGGCAAGAAACAGCCCACUUAUGCCCGGCCUGUCCAAAUAAACCCCCCUUGUGCUUAGUUGACUGUUUCCUUAACUAUCAUAAAAAUAUGGAAUUGUAAUUAUUUUACAUAAGUGUAUUGUUUGUAAAUAUAAUUUUAAUUGAAUUUAUAUAAAUUUUCUCAUGUUAAUUUUAGUAAAUAAGUUUUUGAAAAAUUGUACAUAUAAUAAACGUUUCAUAAAAAAAAUG